AUGUGAGAGGACUCUCGUGGAUCCCAGUGGAGUGUCACCUGCUGGGAUUUGGAGUUUACCGCCCACGGGGAUACUCUCCUUGAAGAAUCGGAGAUUACUUCCACACAAAAAACAAGUCUUCAGUGUAAGUUGCUCACUUCUGGAUCUGGGCUCUAAUCACAGAGACUGCGCCCAGCAGACCUGAUAAGCUUCAGGAUAAAAUCAAUACCUGUGAAAUCUGAGCUCUCCGCUCCGUAACCAUGAGUGAGGAAAUCGAGAUAACAGACGAGAAAGACUGGACUGAGCUUGAACCCAACUACCCCGUCAAAAUCUUUCUGACAGUCUUUUACAGCCUCAUCCUGGUGACGGGUAUCGUGGGUAAUUCGGUCACUAUCAGAGUGACGCAAGUGCUGAAGCGUAACGGCUACCUGCAGAAGAAUGUCACCGACCACAUGGUCAGCCUGGCCUGCUCCGACUUGCUGGUGCUCCUCAUCGGCAUGCCGGUGGAACUCUACAGCGCUAUCUGGUUCCCGUUCACGACCACAGAAGGGAAUGCUUCCUGUAAGAUCUACAACUUCCUGUUCGAGGCUUGCAGCUACGCCACCAUCCUCAACGUGGCUACGCUUAGCUUUGAGCGCUACGUGGCUAUCUGUCACCCAUUUCGCUUCAAAGCCCUGGGUGGAAAACGCACCUCUUCCCUCAUCACCUUUGCUUGGGUGGUGUCCGUGGUCGUGGCCCUGCCGUUGCUGGUCGCUACGGGAACGGAGGGACACAUUCCCUUCCUGGGUGAUACCCCCGUCCAGAAUCUGACCUUCUGUACAAACCUGAGGGAGCGCUGGGUGAUGUACAGGGUCAGCAUCUUUGUGGCUUUUACUGUCUACAUGGUCGUGUUGGUCUGCGUGGCCCUCAUGUGCUGGGCCAUGGUCCUCGUACUCCAGAAGCCUUUAGGAUCCGGGGAUGGCAGCAUCAACGGAGCCCAAACGGAACCCAAGCACCAAAGUUCAAAGGUCAAGACAGCCAGGAAGCAGACCAUCAUUUUUCUUGGUCUCAUAGUGGGAUCCUUGAUGGUGUGCUGGCUUCCCAACCAGAUUCGUCGUCUUAUGAUGGCUGCCAUGCCCAAGUCCGACUGGACUAUUUCCUACUUCCGGAGCUAUGUCACUCUCCACCCGGUGGCCGACUCCUUCUUCUACCUCAGCUCCGUCCUCAACCCAUUCCUCUACAACCUCUCCUCCAGACAGUUCAGGGAGGUUUUUGUCCAGGUGCUGCGGUGUCGCCUCACUAUCGAACACAUCAACAAGCGCAACGUACGGAGCUCUCGCGCUGCCUCUGCACGCUCCCUCCAGCCCCUGCUGAUAAAGUCGUUGCGUCGCAGCAGGGCGAACCGCCCCACCCUGGCACAAGAGAAAACUCCUCCCUCCUUUACAACCUUUAAGAGUCAAAGUGACUCAGGAGUGGCUUCAAAUACUCAAACAUCUCUCAGCCUGACUGAAGAGUCUGAUUCAAUUCUCAAAACAAAGCCAGAUGUACCAUCAGAGACUGAAGUAUAAUGUACAAUUUAACACAGUGAACAGUACAAACUAAUUAAGGAUGCUUGUGCUGUGUCAUCAGAAAAACACAUAAAUAUAUUACUUUUACACAGUAAAAAGUCAGAAAAACUAUGAUACAAAAGCUCAAAUGUUCCCAACAGCUUGAUUUAUAGUUAAUGGUACCCAAGAACCACUAGUAAGGCUAUGGAGCACUGUUUUGGUGUUCAGGUCCUUAUGAUGUUUGCAUCUCAUAAGCAAACAUCCCACGAGGACACAUACGUACACUCAUAAACACGUGGGUGAAACAUUAUACUUUCCUGUUGACUGCAAAAGGUUGAAUGAAAAUGUGCAGUAUAUACAACAAGCCUCCAGGCAAUAACUAUUUUUAUUAGAAUUUGAGCCUUUAGUUCCAUCAAAUUUCAAAAGUAAAUAAGUAAAUCAUUUUGGGGAGCCAGCAGGAAGU